UGCGUCACCGGAAGUUUGGAGAAGCGGUUGCGAGGACGCGGUUUGAACAAAACAGGAACCGGACCGAUUGAAGAACAGCGAUAUAUAUAUAUAUAUUUUAAUUUAGCGUGUUUAAAGGUAAAAUGGCGGCUUUCACGAAGUAUAAUUAAAAGGUAAAAUGGCGGCUUUCGGAAAGACGUUUUAAAGGUAAAAUGGCGGCGCUCACAAAAGAUGUUUAUGGAUAAAAUGGCGGCGAAAGUCUUAAUUAUUUUUGCAUAAACAUCUGGCGCGUGCCCGUCAAUUAGCUGGGAAAUUGGUCCGAUUUCCGGGAUGGAUAAAUGUUACAGAAGAGCCGGAUUUGGGAUGUUUUGAGUAGGGCAUGUGAAGCAACACGUCCAGCUGUGACACUCUGCUCUUUUUCACCUGGAGCUUGUGGAGAAAACAUUAUAAUGGCGUGAUUUAAUCAGAUCCCUCAACACGCUCAUGGACGACUCGGACCAGGACUUCUCCUUCCUCUGCUCCCGACUGCUGAAGAGAGUGCGGCGGAAAGGUGGAGAGUCUGGAGAUGAGAAGAAAAUCGUGGUGAAGGAUGAAGGAGAGGACGGAGACUCGGGAUCUCGGAUCCAGAGCAGGAGCAAAGCGCCGUGUAAAAGGAAAAGGGAGAAGAAGGGAGGACUUCAGAGUAAAAUGACAGACAGGAUCCGUGCUGAGGGACCUGGGAAUGGUGGAUCAGAGGCAGCUGUAGUGGGAGGAGGGGAGCAAAAGGAGCAGAAGAUACGGGCGAAGGAAAAGGUGCUCAGCAGGAUGCAGCGGUUUAAGAGGGCGACCCCGCCUCGUCUCGUGCACACGGAGGAACAGGCUAGUGCGGAAUCUGCCGCAGAGCCUGCCGAGAACCCAUCGCUUCCAGCGCAAGGCCCAACUGAGAAACAGGAGAGCGAUAAUGUCUUGGCUCAGAGAUUACAGCAGCAGUUAGACCGUGAGGCUGAGAGCCAGGCUGUGGUGGACGUGGAGGACAGAGGCCUGUUCUUCUGUCAGCUCUGUUACAAAGACCUUUCAGCUAUGAGCCAUCAGCUGCGCACUCAGCACAUCAACCGGUGUCUUGAUGAGCAUGAGAGCAGCACCUCACGCAUUCCCGCACCUCCUCGUCCACGCAUACCCGAGUGCCCUAUUUGUGGGAAGGGCUUUAAGUCUGAAAAGACCCGCUCCACACACUUAAAGCGCUGCUCGGCGAGCAUGGGCGUGUCUCCGGCUGAGCUGCUGAAGGCCCUGCAUAGACAAGCAGCUGAACGGGAGAACGGGCAGCAGGCAGGAGGCAGCAGCGACACUUCAGAUUCCAGCGUGCCUGUGAGGAAGAGACCCAGAAAAAAAGCACCGCGCAUGGAUGAAGACACCAUGAUGGCUCUGGCCCUGUCUCGCUCUCUGCUGGAGCAGGAGAAGGAGCGAGAGAGAGACAGAGAGGAGGAGAGACGCAUCCAGGCACAGCUGGCGAGCGCUACGUCAGGGGCAGCUCCUGUGGUGCAGGGAAGAGCCGGAGCAGGUAAGAGUCGAGUAAAGAGGAGGAAAGGAGACCCGGCUGCUCCUCCUCCCCUCCUCCUGGUCCAGGACCCGCAGGCUGCUCAGAACCGGAUCCAGGAGAGAGUCUCCUCACUGCUCCUCCUCCCUAGACCUCCCACUCCUCCCACCCCCACCCUGAUUCCUUCUGCACUCUCCACACACACACUUCUCUGGCUCAAAAGUGCUCUGCCUGGAGGAGGACCGACUUCGCUUUCUGAUUUUUAUAGUGCAGAGCUCAGAGCAUUCAUACAGCCUGAGAUCGGAGCAGAGGAAAACAAAUCUCCGCCUUCAGAGGCAACACCAGUAAAACAGCGUCCUGCGACAGCCUCAGCAUCCACCACGGCUCCAGAACAUCUCCUAGAUGCUUCCGCUGCUCAUCGCCCCUCCACCCCGAGUCUGGGCACACCCGGGACACAGGCUCUGACCGACCUGGUGGAUCUGGCUGAGGAAGGCAUGACGCUCACACAGUACAAAUCCACCGACACCGAACCUUCUCUCAGUGGAUUUGUUCCCGAACCUUCAGAGACCCAGAGACCUCCCAUAAACUCGACCAGUGUAUCGAGGCUGUGUUCUGAUCUGGGCAGCAUGGUGAACAACCCUCAGCUCAGUGAUGUGCAGCUGCAGGUGGACAGCGGCGACGUCUACUUCGCUCACUCCUUCAUGCUCUACACACGCUGCCCUCUGCUGGCCAACAUGGUCCAUGAUGCAGGAUUUGGAGUCCAGGAGGAAGGCUUUCCUCAGGCUCAGAGAGUUUUGUUGAACGAUGUAUCCGGUAAGGCGGUGUAUGCUCUGCUGCAGUUCCUCUACACUGCUGUUUGCCACCUGACACACACCCUGCUUCCGGAUGUACUGCAGCUAGCCAGCAGGUUUGGUCUAUCUGAGCUGCAGCAGCAGUGUGAACAGUAUCUAGCGGAGGACCCAGGAGAACAGGAACCGGACGAGUCCGCACCUGAACCCCAGCAGAGUCUAGUCGAUACACAGUUCCUGGAGCUCCUGCGCUCCAUGUGGGAACACGAGGACGGUGACGGAAAGGAAGUCGGGGAAGCCACGAGAGGGGCACAAGGGGAGGACGAAGAAGGCAGCGGGGACGGAGAGACGAAAGACGAUAUCGUCGAUGAGGAUGAGCUGAACGAGAUUUACAAGUUCGCAGCAACACAGAGGAAACGGGGUGCUGAGAGAGAGCUGAGCACAGAGAGUGGCAAUGAAGAGGAAGAGGCUGAUGAGGGAGUGAAUGACAACUGCUCCGAGGCAGAACGGAGGGAUGAAGGAAAGCAAAACGUUGAAAUGGAAGAUGUGCACCGUAGUGCUGAGGUUGAUUUGAAACCUGGGUCUGACAGAAAUGUACGCCGGAGCAGAGGUCCGGACACCAGUUUGGACCGGAGCUACAACCAUCUGUUCUCCGAGUCAUGGGGACAGUACGUAGAACCGUCUCGGACGCAAAUUCAGCAUUUAGACAGGAAGAACACGCCCAUGUCACGGCGCACAUCUUCAGUCAACGAAGUGAUUGAUCUGUCCAUUAGUCCCCCACCGGAUUCUGGAGAACCAGCCAGGUUGCAGUUUCCUAUAACUGGCAUGUCUCCAGGAGAGAGUCCAGACCAGAGUGAAGCAGUUAAACAGACUUCAGAGAGUCUGAAAGGUCACUGCACCUCACAGCUCACAUCAGAACCCGUGUCUAAAUCUCCCUCCACUUCAUCUCUUAGUAAAACCCAGCUUGAGGUAACGACUUCACUACCCAGUAGCACCAAACCCAAACUUUCCUCUCCUGCGCCCAGUCGCAGCCAGCCUGAGCUCAUCGUCCUUUCCGACUCCAGCGAUGAUAUGGAACCUGACCUUCCUGAUGAAGCUCCUGCUCUUUGUCACGCUCCCAGACCACCAACUUCAUCUCCAUCACGACUCAGUCUGCGCUACACUCAGAUUAAAGCCAAAGAAGCCACACAGGUCGAACUGUCUCCUAAAAGAUCACCCAAACCUUCCAGUUCUGUGCGUCCAGAGACUUCCAGAUCGGACCAGGUAGGCAGUGAGGAUGUACUGGACGGCUCUGCUGAGGUUUCAUGGUUAAUCCCGGCAACUCCGGAACCCUCAACCCGCACCAGCACAACGCAGACCUCCAGCAGCAUGCGCCGCACUCGCCUCUUCCCCAGGUCUCAAUCUUCAUCCUCAUCCUCCUCUUCCUACUCCUCUACCAUUUCUGACAACCCCAAAACUAUAUCAUGCUCAAACUCCCUCAAAGAACCUCACAGAGAACAUUUCCAACAAUUUCCUGCUUUCCAGAAGCUAACAUCCCAUUCCAGCUUAUCCAAGACUUCACACAGUGACCCUGUAAAUCGAACAUAUCCUAAUUCCACGUCCAUACCCUGUAGCAGCACUCCUCUCCACUCAGACCCUCAUCUACAGCGUCUUGACUCUCUUGGAUCUCCUUUACUGAGAGACAGCAAACUGAGAACCCAGAGAAGAGCGAGUCAAGAAGGGAGACUUGGAUCCCUUCAUCCUAGCCCAUCGGAGAACUCGCUGUCCCCACAACGAAGCUCUCGGUCAGAUAAGGAAUCGAGCAAAAGUCCUGCCUCGUCCCAGAACUCUGAUAACCCUGGAGAUCAGGAGACCAGCACGGAAAAAAAGGAACCUUCAGUAGAGGAAGAGUUCUCUUUUGUCUUUGAUGAGCCGCCAAUUGCCUUCAAUGACUCGUGGGGUCUGGGUGGAGCGGUUGCCGAGCAAGGGCCACGCUUCAGUCUGAGGCUGGAGAGCAGCGGAGACCAAACUAGUCCUGCAGAACAAAGCGCACAGGGUGAGACAGCUUCCAUGCACGCCUUCUCUCCUCCUGGACAAGGAGCUCAGGGCAACCUGCCAGAUCCUGGAGCUCCACCUGACCACAGCUUGCCAGAUGCAGCCAUGUGGGACAGCUGGAAGGAAGAGGAAGUGGAAGCUCUUCCUCUCUCUCAGAGAGUAGGUGCAGUGGCUCUGGCCAAGAGAGUGUCCGAGUUAAGAACGCCAGUGGCUUGCAAGAAGAAGAUGAAUCAAGCUCCACUGGUGCCCAUCACGCCAAUGCCGAGCUUCUCAGAUAUGGAUACACCUGAGCUUAAGAACAAACUCAACAGGUACGGCGUCCGCCCCCUUCCUAAGAAGCAGAUGGUCCUGAAGCUGAAGGAGAUCCACCAGUACACCCACCAGCUGAUGAGCUCCGGCUCUGAGGAGGAGACGUCUCCGAGAAACCGCCCCAGAGCCGCUCCAGCUGCCUUCAAACAGCCCACAGCACCCCCUCCUGUCUCGCCCAGGAAACUGCUAUUUGGACAGGAGGAGGAAGAGGAUGCGUUACCUGCGUCUCAGGAGUCCAACACCUCCUCUACGGCCGAGUCAGAAAGAUCCAACCCGGAGGUGUGCGACUCUGACGACGACGGAUCCGACAGCGAGGGCAUCACGGCGUCUCAGGCGGCCGUACGUGAGAAGGACAAACUCCAGGCUGUGCGCUCUUUCAUCCUGUCUGACCCGGUGCUCUACGGUCGUGUGCUGCAGUACCAGCCCCUCGUUCUGUGCGAGCUGAAGGCAGGGCUCCGGACGGCGGGUGUCAGGUUGGGCACCGCCAAACUGCUGGACUUCCUGGACUCUCAGUGCAUUACUUUCACAACGGCAAAGCAAGGCCAUCCAGCACCUUCACGCAGGAGAGCUCGUGGGGGAGGUAGAGGGAGGAAAAGACUAGCAAAGGCAGUUGAAUAAGCUGCGUGAGAGGGACUACUGGAGGGCCCUCUGGACGAGCUGCGUGAGAGGGACUACUGGCGGGCCCUCUGGACGAGUUUCCUCAUUAAAAUUCUCAGGGUUUUUUUUUUUUAAUCGUGUUGUUACUUUUUGUUAU